AUGACAAUUGGUAUCCGUUCCAGUAUUGAAAACGUGAUGUCGGGGUCAAUGAAGUCGUUCCCCCAACCCAGUGCCAGAAGAAAUUUGGAAUCACCAAAUGCUGGGAUCACAAGGACCAAGCAGCAUCCCGGCAAAGCCGUACCCCGCAAUGCGCAUUCUAUUGAUUCAAGCACAACAUUUAAGAAG